AUGAAAGUGAAUGACAAAUCGGUCAGAGCACUAGAUGGCAUUGAGCUACCCAAGUGGGUUCAUGAAGUGUUAGGUUUUGGCCCAAAGCACCCGGUGAGGGAUCGUUUCAAUGAACUUCACUUUCUUGCGGACAUUGAUAAUUUUUUAUCUGAGCUUAAAUCGCAAAAGGUACCAGGUGAAAAAUUAUGUGAAAUUGAAGCUGCUGCGAAAUCAUACGCUAAACGUGUGCGGCAAACACCGUCGGAUAGAGGGAUUGAGAAAGCCAGGAAGUAUUUGAAGGACAAUGGUCUCUUGGCAGUCCCAUUCGAUAAAGGUGUUGGCUUCUGUGUAAUGAAAAAAACGACAUAUGAGGCUAAACUAACUGAGCUGCUGCAAUCGGAACAAUUUAGCGAAAAACCAGGUUUAACUGAUAGUGUUGUUAUGAAAAUUGAGAAAGACAUCAACAAAGAACUGUUGGCCAUGAAAAAGAAAGAUGAGAUCGAUGAGGCACUGUAUAGUAGGCUUAGGUCCACGGGAGGGCAGCCAGCUCGAUUAUAUGGAUUGGCUAAAGUACAUAAGAAAGGAACCCCUCUCCGUCCCGUACUGUCACUGCCAGGGAGCUCAUAUGAACAUCUAAAUAAAACUUUGGCCAAAUUUUUUGACAACAUUGAGGGGGCAAACAUUGAGACAAACACACAAAUGGCUCGGGAGAUCAUAGAGAACAUAGAUCUAGACUAUAAUGAGAGUAUUAUCUCCCUGGAUGUCAAAAGUUUGUACACUAAUGUCCCACUAAAGGAGGCAAUAGAUAUAGCACUGAGGAAACUGUACGAAAAAACUAGUCCUCCUAAACUGGCACGCGGAACUAUGAAGAAAUUGUUGAACAUGGCUAGAUGUAAAGAGCAGCGAGAUCAAGAAAAACCAACAGAAAAUGUCAAAGCGUUCCUAAGAUAUGUAGAUGAUAUAGUGAGGACGGUAAAGGGGGAUCCAGAUAUAGUGUUAAAAGCAGCUAAUGAGCUCCACCCCAACUUAAAAUUCACUAUCGAAAAUCCGGAUUCGAACGGAGACUUAGCCUUUCUAGAUUUGAACAUUAAUGUGGACUCACGAAAAAAGGUAUUUAGAGACCUAUCCAUGGUAGAGGGCUUUAAGCGGUUUGCAGUCUCAUGUUUUACGCGAACCGAACUGGCUCCUACCGAAUGA